GUCCGUCCCUUACCAGAGCCACCUUGUUGUUUGAACUUCACUAUUUGGUCUGUACCCGUACUAACCAGCUGGAACUGGCAGGGACUCGUUUUUUGUGUUUCUAUGAAAUAAAAUCCAUUUCGUCGCCGCUUUACGUUCUAAAGAUCCAAGUCUGGGAACGAUGUCGGAACGACGACUCGAUUGGAUCCCUACCGGCAACGGCAACAUGUCGUCAGAGGCGGACAGCAUUCUCACAGUCAACAGGUCGAGAACCAAAAAGGCAGAAGCGCCACCUAGCUCCUGGUACGAGAAGUACCUCCAGCCGUGCAUCGCGGAAUUCUUCGGCCUGAUCGUCUUUGCGUUCGUCGGAACCAUGGUGACGGGAUACGCCGGUACAGGUGGCCCCACGUGGUUGGUGGGCAUCGCCCUGACACACGGGCUGACGAUAGCCCUGCUCAUAGUGGGACUGGGGCACAUCAGUGGAGGUCACUUCAACCCUGCCGUGACCUUGGGAGUGACCUUGGCGGGAGGCAUCCACCCGUUACUGGCCGGAGGGUAUGGCAUCAGUCAGCUGAUGGGGUCUAUGAUCGGCGCGGCGUUCACCAAGGCUAUCCUACCCAACAUGACUUACACCAGUUGUCACGGCGGCACCCACAGUAUCGGCGAGGGUGUGUCUGUGGGCGGGGCCAUCCUGUGUGAAGCCAUCCUGACCAUGACCCUGGUGAUGACCGUCAUCAUGUCCGCAGUCGACUCCGCCUCCAAAGGGAAGGCCCUCCCGCCGCUCGCGAUCGGACUGGCCGUGGUUACCGGCAUCCUGUCGGGCGGCCCGUUCUCCGGAGCGUCCAUGAACCCAGCCCGCGCGUUCGGCCCGGCCGUGGUGGCGGGGGUGUGGAAGGACCACUACGUGUGGUGGCUGGGGCCGUUACUGGGCGGGGUCGUCGCAGGAGGUCUUUACAGCGCCCUCGGCUCCAAGGCCACGUGCGUAAGACCAGCGGAGCCGGCGGUGACGCGGCAGGUCACGUGGGAAGUUCUGGAGGUGGCCGAUAGGGAGACGUCAUUAUGACGGUCCUUAUUAGGUCCUUCUUGGCGAGCAACGAUCGGCGACUUCUAUUCAAAAUUGACGAAACGUUACGUUACUAAAAAAAUCAACUCCC